UGGCCGGCAAUCGGAAACAAAACACAUCAAAGCCGCAAAAUUCGCUAUCGCAGCGACAGUGAGAGAGAAAUACGGUGAUACGAAGCGAACAAUGCGAAAUUAUGCAGAAGAGGGCGAGGAUCAUGCAAGAAACGGCCGCGAGGCGCGUGCAUAGCGAGAAAUAAUCGUGAACAAGGAUCGGACGUUACGUUAAAAUGAUUAGUGGCAUUCAAAUCGCGCUAAAGAAUGCCAUUGAUGUGAUAGCACCGCCUGCCACGCCGCUGCAAGACUUCACCUAUCACUGGAAACAGCUUAUGAAUUUUUAUGUGAACCACUUGACGGAUUGCAAGGUACCCAUACAAACCACAGGCAUACCGCGACAUUUGGAUAGAUUAUUGGAGAUUCUACUUGAGGAAGAAAAAAAUGAAAAUGAACCAGGACCAUGUCUCGAAUACCUAUUGCAGCACAAAUUACUCGAUUUGCUGGCUACAUUGGCCAGUGCGGAAACUCCACCAGGGAUGAGGACAGUUUGCCUGUCCUUCUUAAGAAAACUAUUAGGAAGAUCUAAAUAUCCUUUGUUGCACCAUACGUCUAUUUAUGGACCGGUGCAACGGUUGAUCGCUCUUUGCAAUGGAAACCCACCUUCGCCUAUUGAAGUUGAAGAAGUUCAGUUCCUUCUCACGCUUUGCUUUUUAGUUUGCAAGUAUCCUCACGUGACAAAUAUUAUAAACGAUGCUCCGAAUGUUCAGAGGCAAAACACCACCGCGAAGAAGAAUAUUGAAAGGAUUGAAGUGGAGAAGGUUACUUAUAUACCAGCCAGAAGAAGAAAUAAUAACUUUAAUCCACUAUUCGAACCGUUAGACACUCAGGCGGUUACACUGAUAAAUCCUAAUUUGUUUAACCCGGAAAAUGAUAAGAGACGGUCUAUUGAGUUUAAUAGAUCACAUAGUAAGGCUGGCACGACAAGGGGAUCAUCUAGUCAAUCGAACGGAUCGAUAUCUUCUAGAGAAACAGAGAAUGCUUCGCAAUCUUCGAGCCCGGUAAUUCAGAAAGAGAUUUGUGGUGAAAAUUCGAGUGUUAUACAUUCUUCUGAAUCUCAAGAUUACGAUGUCUCACAAAAAAACGAAGAUGUAGCUUUAAUAAACGAGAUAGACACGCAUUUACAGAAUCUUCAAGAUUUGCGAUUAGAUGGUGAAUAUGGGAAUGUUUAUGAUGAGUCUCAUUGCUUAGAAGGAGAUCAGAGUUUGCUCAGAUCCAAAACACCAGAGAAAUCAAAAUGCCUUCUAUUAGAUGCCUUGUUGAGUUAUAUAAAUACCGCAGACAAUACAGUGAGGAUAAGAGCCUGCGAGGGAAUAAUGGUUCUUUCAUCCCUGGAGGAUAUAUCGUUCGCUCAAAUGGUAGCAAACAGCCAUUUAACAACCUUGAUACCAAGUAGAUUAGAGAACCUGUUCAACGCCAUUCCAGCGCACGUUGACCCAACAGAAAUCGAUGGCGUGGACGUCACUUGGGGUUUAGACUCGCCGGCAUGGACGAAGGAGAAAAAAUUUUCUGGUUGCAGGCAGGUUGCUGCAUUUUUCAUGUGGUUUGAUUAUUGUAAUCAAUUGAUAAGGGAAGCACAUCCGGAUGUAGCUGACGCAUUGGCGAAGAGCAUUAGAGUAAAUUUCUUAGAAAAAAUCGUGACACCAUCUUUGGCUGAGCAUCAUGUCGUUCUUAUUACUGCAUUGGUUACUAAGUGUUUGAAGGAGUUAACAUCCACCGUCUUAUGUACAGAAAUAAGUUACUGGCUUAUUGGUCAAGAUAGAGGUCCAGAGAUACCAAAUGUAUGGACAUCACCUGUGCUACAUAGGCUAAUAGAUAAUUGUUUCACGGACAGCGACGAUUUAACAUUGGAAACAUUGAAGCUGUUCGAGGAAAUGAUAGAGAAACGAAACGAGCAUAUAUUGCACUGUCUCGUAUUAGUAUAUUUAUCUACGCGUGGUUACUAUGACAAUACCGCAGCGGACAGUGCAAUUGCUUCAUGGAGCGACGAGGAAGAUGAAAGAGAGAGAGAGAAGAAGGGAUCGCUGGAUCUUUCAUAUGAACAAAGUCAUAGUCGAACAUUAGCACCUAGUAAUAUUCACAGAAUUGUAAAUUGUUUUCUGUCCUUGAUUCCUCGUUAUCUACAAACAGACACGGACGUAAAUAAUUAUGAGCGAUACAUGGCUGAUUUGGAAAGGCAGUAUUCUACUGUGUUGACGGAUUGCUCGUUAAUGGCCUGGCCCCUGGAAGCAAUAACUGUGGACGAUUCCGCGAGUUCUGAUUCUAGACCGGAAGCGGAUCAUUGUUCCGUGAGAUUCUACAUGGGCCCGUUCAUGACGAUGUUAUUCGAAAAAGUAACGAAUAUUCCAAAGCAAAAGUAUGAGGUCAAUUUGCAGUUGACUGUAGUGAUCUCAAGACUGGCGCUUUUACCUCAUCCGUACCUGCAUGAAUUUUUAUUAAAUCCAUUACUACCGCUGGCACCCGGCACAAAGAACUUGUUCACUUGUUUGCAAAAAGUCGUCAAACAGCUGGUGAACGAGGUACCAAAGACACCAGAUCACAAACAAAUGCUUAAAGAAACACGAGAGCGAUUGCUGGAAGAUUGUUCUCACGAAGGGGAAAAAGAAAAUAUCCUGUUUGAAAGUGUGAUCGUAACAGAAGAAUUUUGCAAGGAACUGGCUGCGAUAGCAUAUGUGAAAUAUCACCAUUCUAUGUGAUAAAUGAUAUCAAAAAGAAUGAUGUAAAUUAUAGAAUUUAAUUAUAGUAUUAUGGCCGAGUAAAUUUACUUAAUGAUCGAUCGUCAGUCUAGAUACGCUUAAAUAGAAAAUUGUUUUUUGUGAUGAUUUUGUAAGAUAUAUACGUAUACCUUAAGGAUAGCGAAUAUUAUAAUAAUGUUAAUAUUUACAUAUUCACUUAUUUGCACAAUUCGACUUGUGACUCUAAUAAAGAAAUUAUUGAAAA